AUGGCCGUAUCUACAGGUCGUCCAAGAGUCUAUUUUGAUGUUUCGAUCAAUAAACGGCCAGAGGGCCGCAUUGCCUUCGAGCUGUUUAACGAUGUUGUCCCAAAAACCGCCGAGAAUUUCCGUGCUCUGUGUACCGGAGAGAAGGGAAUGGGGAAGCAAGGCAAACCCCUAAGCUUUAAAGGGUCUAUUUUCCACCGUGUCAUUAAACAGUUUAUGAUCCAGGGCGGUGACUUUACCGAAUUUAAUGGCACUGGCGGGGAAUCCAUCUAUGGUGAGAAGUUCGACGACGAGAAUUUCGAACACAAGCAUGAUCGCCCCUUUCUACUAUCUAUGGCCAAUUCUGGUCCCGGUACGAAUGGUAGCCAAUUUUUCGUGACCACUGUCCCUACCCCCCAUCUUGAUGAUAAACACGUUGUUUUUGGAGAGGUCAUCAAUGGCCGAAGUAUUGUCCGCAAGAUUGAGUCGCAGCGCACAAACCCGAAUGAUAAGCCGCUUGUUGACGUCACAGUUACCGACUGCGGAGAACUCUUGGGAGACGAGUACGAGAAAGCGAAGCAGCGUCAUGUCGACAACACAGGCGAUACAUAUGAGGAUUACCCUGAAGAUCUCACUGAAGAGCUGUCCCUGGCUCAAUCUUACGGAAUUGCCGUCAGUCUUAAAGAAUUCGGAAACAAAGCUUUCAAGGCGGGCGACACUGAACUGGGGCUAGAGAAAUACCAAAAAGGCAUUCGCUACCUGAAUGAGGCUUCAGAACCAUCCGACUCUGACUCAAAGGAUCUACCGGGCCAGAUCUCAGCCUUGCGAUUUGUUCUGAAUUCAAACUCUUCACUACUUGCCAACAAACUUAAGCGCUAUUCCGACGCUAAAUCAUGGGCAGGAUACGCGAUCAGCAGUGCGGAUGAUUCUAACGCAAAAGAUGCUGACAGAGCUAAAGUGUACUUUCGACGUGCUGUUGCCCUCUGUGGCUUGAAAGAAGAAGAGGCCGCCUUGAAGGACCUUGAAGAGGCACUGAAGUUUGCUCCUACAGAUGCCGGUAUUAUUGCUGAAAUGGCUCUGGUCAAGAAACAGAUUGCUGCCCAGGAUCGCCAACAGCGAGCUGCAGCCAAGAAAUUCUUUUCCUAA